GAUCAAUUUACAUCGUGGAGUUCUAGAAGUUUUGAAAUUUGAAAAGGGUUUAGCUUUCUUCUGAUCACUUGAUCGAUUAUAAAUCGAUUUGUUUUCAGACCCGUGAAGCCGGAUAAAACUCAAGAAGUGUCCUCUUAGAGAGUCGCAAAGGCGAAAGAAAAUUUACAAAAUUCAUAAUGGUUCAGAAGCUUGAACUGAUCAAAGGUGGGGGUGGAUCGAUAAAAAUAGGAGCAACAGGAACAGUCGCAACUCUAAUGACUCGGGAGCUGGACUCCAUGAAACAAACUUCACCUCAGACUCCCACAACGAGACCCAUUAGAACAACAAUCCCUGUCUCAGUAGACUGUGGCACAUCUUCUUCAACUCCAAGAAGAUCAAAACCAAGAAAAUCAUCAGACGAAGCUAGCAGCAGCAGCAACAACAGCAAUGUUAACAAUGUUAGAACACCAAAGGGUCACAAUGCCAAAACCACCCAUCAGCUUUCAAUGCUUGGCUCUGAUAAUGUCAGAACACCAAAGGGUCACAAUACAAAAAGCACUCAUCCGCUUUCAAUGCUUGGCUCUGAUAAUGUUAGAACACCAAAGGGUCACCACAAUACCAAAAGCACUCAUCAGCUUCCAAUGCUUGGCUCUGAAAAUGUAUCGUUGCAAGGAACCCCGAGAAGAGAGAAGAGAAUGAACAUUGUGGAGAUUGUGGAUGUGAAAUGCGGGAAUCCAGAUCGAGCUUGGGCUAAUCCGAUAACUAGUAGACUCAAGAAGCUUGGAUUCUCUAAACUCGACGAGAGCAUUGGUUAAGAGCUUUGCAAACUUUGCCUUAUACUCUGUGUCACUUCUGGUUUGUAAAUCGGGUAUGAACCGGUUUAAACCAAAUCACAAUGUAAUCUUUCUUUUGUCAAACCAACAAUGUAAUUGUAAACGAAGCUACAUUGGUCAUUCGCAUUCAUUUUGUUUUUGGCAUCUAUCUUUAUCAACAGGCUAAUUCACCUAAAUUGAAAUGACUAUAAUGGGCGGAUUCAUGAAUAAACGCACUAAAUUGUG